AUGACAGAAAUCAGCUGGGUAUCAUGUCGAACGGAAGUGAAAAUAAUGAAACCUCUGGCUUUAGAAGAGACUGGAGAACAUCCGCUGAAGCCUACCACAAUAUCAUUGAUAGAUGGAAAGUCUGGAGUAAGAAGAGGCACACUGAGAAGCACAAGUGCUAGUACGUCCACUGGUACACCGACACCAACUCACACGCCGAUAAAUGUUAGCCUUGUGGGUGAUCCAUUAUCGGGACAUACGGCGUUGGAUGGCAGCGAUCCGCUUACGCAAUUUGCACGAGAAGAAUUGGAUCCUCUGUCUCGCAUGGCCGCCGAUGAAUGGGAUUACUCGUCAAGUUUAGUAGCGCCGGGUAAAAAACCCCGUGACACUUCUGAUGAAUUUGUUGAACCUUGGUCUGUACGCCGGGCCUCUAUUUUGAAUAAGUAUACGACUUCGGAAAAGCUUUCAAUAGUCACGAGUUUUUUAUCUGGCGGAGAAAAAGUGGUUAAAGUUCAGGCUAACAAUCUAGUGGACAAGGUACGAAACCGCCUGGAGCAACUGGAUGAUUUUGAAGAAGGCUCUGUGAGGCAAAUGCUGGACUUGUCCCAGCAGGAGUACGUGUCGAGGAUAGAACAGUUGAACAAUGAGCUGGUUCAAGCUUGGCAUGCAGAUCUAAGAGUUAAAGCGUUGAAGAUUGCUAUUCAGUGUGCAAAGCUGUUGGUUGAUACAUCGGGAAUGGCUUUUUAUCCUAGUAAAUUUGUUCUUAUUACUGAUAUUCUUGAUAUAUUUGGUAAACUUGUCUAUGAAAGACUGAAAGUUAAGGCUGAUUACUACAAACCUGGUAGUAAAGUACCUAAAAGUCUUCCAGAUAAUUUUACACCAGAUAUGGUUCCAGAAAAUGCCAAAGAAACCUGCAGAAAUUGGUUUUACAAAAUAGCAUCAAUUCGCGAACUAGUACCACGCCUGUACGUGGAAAUGGCAAUAAUUAAAUCAUACAGUUUUUUAACAACAACGGAGUUUAACACAGCCCUGCUACGAAUUACUAAAAUGAUUCGUGGUAUUGGAAAUCCAUUGAUCGCUGCUUACGCAAGAUGCUACCUAUGCCGCGUGGGUCUCGCGCUUAAAACAGCAGACUACGAAUUUAUACGUGAAAAUAUUUACGAUUUUUUGUUAACGUACAAUCAAUUAUUUACACAAACAAUGAAAACAGAGUUAAACCGCCAGAAUAUAUCGAUAUUUAUAUACUUAAAUCUGUACACGCCAGCGCUGGACUGGAUACUUCAGGUUUUAACUCGUACUGCCGAUGAAACUAUACUGUCAGAAGUGAUAUCACGUUGUAAAUUACAAGCCAAUUGUGCAUUAUUAUUAAAUGCAAUACUCGUUGCCUUCAAACCAGCGUACAUUUCAUCUCGAGCUAUGGAAUUCGUUGAGCUUGUUGAUGAGUGUAAACAAGACAUUAGCUUUCCUCAGUAUCUGUUGUACCGAAGUCUGGGCGAGUGUUUCAUCCAGGAAGAUUUGCCACGAGACGAUUGUCAAGCUGUUUAUGAAAUAAUAUGGAGAUACAUUACAAGUCUGCAAGAGCCAGUUAAAUUUAUGCACUGCGCUGAAGUUUGGAUACAAUUUGUCGUAAUGCAUUUUUCAAUUAAAGAAUUGAACGAAUUUUUAAAAGAAAUAAUCAAUCAUUUGAGCCCCAAGCGUAUGUAUGAAAAUUAUUACCCGCAAUUGCAAGCAAUAGUCGAAAAGAUAGUGGCAAAAACUCAAGACUUUGAGUCGCUUUUGGCGAUGGAUAAUUUUUUACCUCUCAUUGAUUUGUUUCACAAGGAAAGUAUCAAAGUUGAAGUCUGUAAAAAUAUAAUCGAAGGUUUCAGGGCUCAGAGUGGUCUGGUUACAGACCCGAUAAUAAUAAACGCGCUGAUGUACAUCGCGAGGAUCAUGCAUGACUCAGUGAAUGCACUGAGUGUAGAAGAUGAAAAACGACAAAUUGGCGCGCUGAUUUGCGAUCUGGUGCAACGCGUUGACUAUGGACGGGAUUUCGAAAAGCAACUGAAUUAUUAUGCUGAGGCAAGAGCUGCUUUUCCUAAUCUGGAUGCUGUACAUAUUCAACUAGUUCAGUGCGUUAAUCGCCAAGCUGUUGAAACUAGGAAAAUUAUUAGGGGGCAUCAUACCAGACGAACUUCAGCUUUUGUACGUGCGUGUGCUGCUUUUUGCUUCAUUACCAUUCCUUCGUUGACGCUUGUUACGACUCGCUUGCAAUUGUAUUUACUUUCGGGACAGGUUGCGCUGCUAAAUCAGUGUCUUGGUCAAGCUGAUGCCUGUUUUAAAGCCGCACUGAGUCUCAUUCCCGAGAUGCCCAAGACAAUAGAAAUUGAUGGACGGCCUAAAAAUACUGAGCCUUAUUUACUCUCUUAUUUAUCAAAUUUCCUAUCGACGCUGCUCGUUGUUCCUGAUAGUCCUGAGCACGGUGUUUUGUACUUGAUGAGAGGGUUGCUUAAUGCUGUUCAACGAUGCUUCGAUGAAAACAGCUCAAUCAAGUGUGCUCUCUACUUACGAGUUCUUGAUUUACUGUCUACAAUUACGCUUGAAACUUAUCCUUAUCAUGUAGACAAGGUUGAUUCCAAUGAUAGACUUUAUGGGAGCGAUAAAAAAUUUAUUAGCGAAGUUGAUAAAAUUUGUACUAAAGUUUUAGACGAAAUAUUAAAUCAUUUAAAGUACUUGGGGUCUACUAGCCAGUAUGACAAGCAAUCGUCAUUGUCAAUGGAUUUAUUUGGGCGGCUUGUUAUGCGAGCGGAUCUCAAACAAUCUACGCUGGCUAAUUUAACUGUUAGUUUGUGGAAUUUAUCCCUGAAACACGGGUGUGCUGAUCCAAAAAUGCGAACAAGAACGAUAGAAUAUGUGAAACGAAAAAGUAAACUUCCACAAUUUGAACAUUUGUCGGAAAUAUUGAAGAAAAUAUCGUGA